AUGGCCAUUAGUCUGCAUGGAAACACUACAAAUUGGAGCAUAUUAUGUGAAAGGAGAGCAAGUUGGAAUGUCGGUAUUUCGGCUCUUCCACUCCUCCAUAAGAGGGUGAGCGUUUUUGAUGGUUUUGUGAGAGGAUUGUUAGGAGUUCGGCUAGAUUUUUAUUCUAGGAGCAAACCCAAGCAUGUUUUCUUCCUUGGAGAUUCAGCCUCUUCUGGUCAUGGAAAGAUGAUGUCGAAACGAGUAAUACUUACCAUCCCCGGAAGCAGUGGUUCUUCUUCAAACUCCAAUGGCACCAAAGAUGACUCUAAUCAGGAAAAGACACCUUUUGGAUACAAUAGGAAAGAUGUUUUAUUGAUUGGGCUUGGUGUAACUGUUCUUGGCAUUGGCUUGAAAAGCGGAUUAGAGUUUGUUGGAGUCGAUCCUUUACAGGCAGGAAACGUAGUUCAGUUGGUUUUGGUUUUAGGAUUAACCAUUGGGUGGAUUUCAACAUAUAUCUUCAGAGUUUCAAACAAGGAAAUGACUUAUGCCCAACAGCUACGUGACUACGAAAAAAAAGUUAUGGAGAGGCGGUUAGAGGGCCUGUCAGAAGCAGAACUAGAAGCACUGCUUGAACAAGUUGAGGAAGAGAAGAGGCGCCUAGCUAGUGGUGACCAAGUUAAAUAAAGCUCAUUUGCCUUGAUCAUUUAUAGUUUUAUGGUCAUUGAAACUCAUGUACCAUAACAUAGGCUAGUAACUUUAAAAGUGUAAAAAUAGUAAUAUGUACUCUCUCAAUUAUCAGAAGAAAACAUAGACAGUGAAAUUCAGUUCACGAUCUUCUGUCAUGUGCUUUACAAAUGCAAAGAGCUGAGAAUGCCAGAAUGGUCAGAGGUAAUAUAUCAAGUCAUAAGUCUUGAA